GAAACAUUGACAGCAGAAAGAUCGUGACUCACAUUCACGCUCUGGACUAAGACUUCGGACUGACGCACCAGAACUGUAGAGAAGGAACUCCAUUUUGGUGGCACGAAUUUAUCACAAUACAUGAGCUUUCGGUUUCUGUGCAAGAGCGCCAUCGUACGUCAAUUUUAUUUGAGCCUUUGGUUGCCCGUCAAGAUGGCUGCUGAAAGUUCGUCGAACGGCGACGACGAAGGCAAAAAAAGGGUACAGAAGAAACCGCUUCACAAAACAGACCUGUACAUAGAUGUUUCUGAUCGUCAAUGGCCCAUUGUCUACUCUCAAGACUACAACAUUGGCUUUCUAGGUCUAGAAAAACUACACCCGUUUGACGCCGGGAAAUGGGGAAAAGUCUAUGCUUUUUUGAAAGAAGAUGGUAUGUUACGAGAUGAUACUAUUAUUGCCCCCAGAGAAGCAGGCGAAAAAGACUUAUCAGUGAUACAUACUAAAAGAUAUCUAGAUAGUUUAAAGUGGAGUGUGAACGUUGCUACUAUUACAGAGGUACCCCCAGUGGCAUUUCUACCAAACUUUAUAGUACAAAGGAAAGUUCUUAAACCUUUCCGAAUUCAAACAGGUGGCACCAUUCUUGCAGCUAAGUUAGCCAUUGAAAGAGGAUGGGCUAUUAAUAUCGGCGGUGGCUUUCACCACUGUUCAGGAGACAGAGGAGGGGGCUUCUGUGCAUACGCAGAUAUAUCGCUAGCAAUCAAGUUUUUAUUUGACAGAGAUCCCAAGACCAAAAAAGCAAUGAUUGUAGAUUUAGACGCACACCAGGGAAAUGGACAUGAACGAGAUUUCAUGGAAGAUGAUAGAGUGUAUACUAUGGAUGUUUAUAAUAGACAUAUUUACCCCCAUGAUGGCUUUGCUAAAAGGGGGAUCAACAGAAAAGUUGAAUUGAUGAGCUGGACAGAAGAUGCAGAGUAUCUUGAGAAAGUCAAAAUGAAUCUAGAGCUGUCUCUUGGUGAGUUUGUGCCAGACAUUAUCGUGUACAAUGCUGGAACAGAUAUCUUAGAUGGUGAUCCACUUGGAGCAUUAUCGAUAUCACCACAGGGCAUUAUUGAGAGAGAUCAGAUUGUCUUUGAGGCAGCUAGGAGUCGCAAAAUUCCAAUUUUAAUGGUGACAUCUGGUGGAUAUCAGAAGAGAACAGCCAGGAUUAUUGCAGACUCCAUACUUAAUUUAAAAACACAUGAGUUGAUUGGAUGUCCUGAAGCAGAAUCCUUCCAGAAUGAAAUGAAAUCCUCAUCUGGUACAGGAGCAGCAGCUUCACCAUCAAACCCCACAGCAAGAUAUUGAAAAAAAAAAUUAUCUUAAACAAAAUGAAAUGUUUCGUUGGUGAAUAUUGCACAUGACUACUGUAUCGUGGCAGUGUCUGAAGAUUCGAUACGUUAUCAAUAUUCAAACAUCUGAAAUAGACAUUGGUACUGUGAUACCUAUCAGAACUGUGCAUCGUCUACAAGUGACACAACAUUUGGAAACCCUCUACUUGCUUGCUGCAGUUUAGUCAGUUUUUGCUCCAUAUUUUUUUUUUAUUUGAUGAAUGAAGCCCUACAGAGUGGCUGAUUUCUGUUUUCUCUCUUUGCAGCGCAAUAUUAUGUAAAUAUACAUUGAUUUUUCAAACAAGGAAGAAAAAAAAGGUGAAAUUGAUUCCCUGUAUACUUACUUGCCAGAGAUCUAUAUUUGGUGCUUACUAGGAAAUGAAAAACAUCUGUUAUUCAAAAAAUAGAAAGUGCAGGUUUAAUUUCUACUCAUUUUGAUAAUUAAGAUAAUUAUUUUUAGAUCUCAUUUAUAUACAUUGAAUUAUACCCGUACUAAUAGCCACAAGUAACCAUGCUAUGUGAUCAUAAUUCCAUGAAUAUGUUUAUUAUUCUUGAUUAUAUUACAUCAGUAUAUCAAGUGGUAUAUUAACAUUGUUGUGAUUGGUCAAAAUAUUAUAUGCUAAAUAAGUAGCUUUCAAAAAAUUAAUUAAGUUCCACAUAAAAUUUGAAGAACACACUUCAGAAUAAAGCAAACAGUACUGGUUAAUGAACUUCUGGGUGAACUCGUUUGCUCAAUCGUUGUCACUCGUUUAGGGACGAAGUCAAAAGAUCGAUGUCGGAUAAAAAACUUAUUUGCUUUAGUUUGGGGGUGGGGGUGGGGGUUUGACCUCAAAAAGUUUCCAUCCUACAAAAACGAUUUUAUUUUUUAAUGAAGUCAAAAAAACUUUGGAGUAUUUGUAGUUUGUUUCUUACUACCCAAUCAUAGACAAAAAGAACAGAAAAUGAAUAAAAAAAACACAUCCAAGACGAGAAAAUGGUUUGGUCCGAGUGUAAAUAUGUGCGUCAAAUCAGGUCAAUUUCAGGGCAUGGACCUAGAGCAUGCGCAGAACCCAGAAAGUAGGUUGCGCAUGCGUAUAUUCUGCUUCAUUAUUACAACCAACUGCUAUGCCAUACUACUGUCCGAUUAUCAAUUUGUAUUUAAUGGUGAAUGUAGUCUGACGCCAUGAUCAAUAUUUAUCAAUUAAGUUUCAAUGGGGGGUUUUGGGAAAAAACUAAAAGAAUUAAGUUUUUUAUCCGACAUCGAUCUUUUGACGUCGUCCCUUACUGUGCUUGUAAGGUAAGAUGUAUUGUUUAUGAUUGUCCACAUCUGUUGAUACCUUACAAAAAAAAUUAUUGGUUAACCCUAUGGGCACCAUCAUUUUCCCCACCAAAAUGUUGGUACAACAUGUAGCCUAUUUUUAUGUACUUUUCUAAAAAUUUUUUUGGAGAACUUUGACACCAGAUGAACAUAGUUUCAUAUACCGGUAUUGAAAAGAAAUGUAGGUUUUAUUUUUUGAAGGUGGAAAGAGUUGUCUUUGGUGUUUCAAAGGUUAAAUGUACUAGGUAUAAUUUAUUUAAAUCUGUUCAGUAUUCCUUGCAAUAAUAUAAGGUCAUCAUGAGAAUACUGCAAAGUAUGCACAAAGGCAGUACACCAGUCGCGGCGGUUGAUGCAACCCAGUACUGCCUGAGUGCAUACUUUGUAGUAAUCUCAUGAUGACCUUUUUGUUAUACUUCUUUUUCCUGCUUGUAUAUAGUAAUAAUUUAAUGAGAGAUUGUACAGCCUGAAAUAACAACCAAAAACGUUUUGUCGUUUUAACUUUUGUGUUGACUGAUUCGUUUGACUGACUGGUUUGUUUUUUGACGCACACUUUAGCGUUUCUUUGUCUCGUUUAAAUGAAAGAAAGUGCUUGAAUGUGAUGUCACUAACUUGGAAUACUUUAAUAUUUAU